UUAGUGUAACUCACACUUGAACAGCUGUCAGCGGCGUUAAUUUUGUCAAGUGUGUGUGGAAAAUUGUGUGAGCGAAAAAUGGAAAAUCCGAAUGUGCAACGCAGCUGCGAGCAAUGGAACGUGGAUUUUAUGAAUUUCUUGGUCAAUUCGCAGCGCUUGACACAAUGGCGUCCAACUGGCGGACCUGAGCUGAUGUACAUUGCGCUAUCGCAUGAGAGCUGCGAUCUGGACUCGGUGGUCAGCACACUGGCCAUUGCCUAUUUGCGUUUUCGCAAUCCCGGCAAUCUGCAGCAUCAUUUUAUGCCAGUGCUGAAUAUGCUGCGUCGUGAUUAUGCCACAAAGACCGAGGUGCGCUUUCUGCUGGACAAGCAGCAGAUAACGCCAGAGCGCCAUUUGGUCUUUCGCGACGAUGUGCCCGAGGAGCUGCUGCUGCGCUGUCGCUUCAUUCUGGUGAAUCAUCAUGUCAGUCCCUUUCACUACUGCACCGAGGAGGUUUACGACUAUCGCCCGUAUCAAUGUGAGGCCGCGCGCCUGCCCAUUUACUGCCAGCGCAUUAUGCAUCCGAUGCGCAGCUGCGCCGCUCUGAUCACCGAACGCUACGACAGCACCGUCUACAAUUAUGCCAAUGUGCGCUGCCAGCGCAUCUUUGAGCUGCUGCAUGCGGCGCUGCUGCUGCAGAACUGCAACUAUGCGCAGCAUGCGCCCGAGGAGCUGCCGCUGGUGCGCGACUAUCAGUUGCUGCUGUUUCUGGAGAAGCAGCUGGGCGAGCUGCAGCCGCUGCAGCGCACCAUGUUGUAUGAAACGCUGGCCACGGCCAUGUUCGAUCUGAAUGAUCUGACCUUGCCGCAGGUGCUGCGCCGCGAGUUUAAGCUGCUGCGCGCCAACAAUGGCAGCCACCUGGUGCGCAUUGCUCAGUGCUGUUUUCCCAUGGCCGUGACGCGCUUCAUUAGCUUUGAGUUUGCGCAGCUGGCGCUGCAGCAAUUCGCAGCUGAGCAUAACUGCGAUUUCAUUCUGCUGCUUGGCAAUUCGAUACAGGCCAAAGGUGAUUUGGUUAUCAAGGAACUUGGACUCAUUCCACUCGAUGCGCUGCGCAACAUCGAAGAUCGUCGCUUCUUCGAUCAUUUGAUUAUCAAUCUGAACUCCUCCAUGGAUCCCAUACUGGGCCUGGAGCCCUAUCGCGGUCUGGACUUUAUGCAUGGCGCCUACUUCUUCGUCAAUGUGUGGCACAUUCAAUACUGCGACAUGUUGCAUCUGAUGCAGCGCAUUACCUACAAUUGGGUCGCCGAGGACAAUUGCCCCACCCAGGCCAGUCAAUCGUUGUAAUUCUAGCGUUAACUUUAAUAAAUAGAAAUUGCUUGCGCGCAAUUUUUAUUGCAAUUUAUUAACAAUUUAUCU